CCCCGGAGCUGCAGCUCUGCCGAAGCCUCGCUGGAGCACCUGGGCGAGUCCUUAGCGGCUCGCCCUCCAAGAAGUUGCUGUUAACGGUGUCCUAUUUUUCUUGACUGUGAGAAGAGCUGCUUUGGAGGUGUGUUUACAAUGACUACAACUGCAGAGCGAAGGUUCAUUAAUCUCAGGAAACGUCUAGAUCAACUGGGCUAUCGGCAGCCGUUGGGAGUGGAGAGUUUACCUUUGGUGGAAAAUCUUUUUAGUGACCUAGUUCAUACAACUGAGAGCUUGCGCAGUGCAAAAUUAUCUGCUGGAAAAUCUGAAAAAGAAUGCAGCAAUUAUGAUGCUAUUUUGGAACCUUAUAAAACAGAGAAUGCUAAACUUACCAGGGAAAAUAAUGAACUACAUUUAGAAAUAUUAAAAUUGAAAGAGCAAUCUGAUCGUCAUGUUAAAGAUUUGAAAGCCUCCUUAAGGAAGGUUGAACAUGAAACAGCUGACUUGAAAUUUCUGAAUAACCAAUACAUACAUAAAAUUAAAAUGCUGGAAAAAGAGAACAAAGCCAAGACUGAAAAAAUUCAGCAGCUUCAGGAGAAGAAUCUCCAAGCAGUGGUGCAAACACCUGGUGGCAGAAAAAGAAGCAUUCCGUUCAGACGUCAACGCAUGCAGAUAGACCAGCCUGUCCCUCCAUCAGGUGUUAGUGCCUAUCCAGUUCCUCAGCCAGAGGACCCUUAUAUCGCCGACCUUCUUCAGGUGGCUGAUAAUAGAAUUCAUGAACUUCAGUCAGAAGUAACAGAACUACAGGAAAAACUGGAGAUAUCUGAACGUGGAAUGAAAAAUUAUAGCAAACAGGUUGAGCUAAGAGACAAAGAAAUAGAGCGCCUAGUGCUAGCAUUGGAUGGUGGGCGUUCUCAUGAGGUUAUCUCUCUGGAAUCUAGAAGUAAAAGUAAUGAGAAGCUUAUUGCCCAUUUGAAUUUGCAGGUUGAAUAUCUUCAGCAAACAAAUAAAGAACUUGAAAAACGCAUUCAAGACCUCUUGGACACUAAACAAAAUGUGACUAGUGAGGUAGUGCAUUUAAGCAAUAAAAAUGAAGAACUGUGUCAAGAACUGAAUGAAAUAGACCACUUGGCACAGCAGUUGGAAAGACACAAGGAAAUUGUGCUUGAGACUGCAGAUAAGGAAAUAGGAGAAGCAAAGAAAGAAAUCGAAAGAAAACACAGUGAAAUAAAGGAUCUGGAAGAAACAAUAACAAGGCUUAAAUCGGAGUUGUGCUCAUGUCGUAGGGAGAAUGAGAGGCUGAGUGAAGAACUCUUUGGGAAAACAGAUGACAAAGCGAAUCUUGAACUGCUCUUAAACCAGCUUGAACAAGAGAAACAAAGGCUGACAGAAAAAACAGAGAACUUGGAAAUAAAAGAACGAGAACUUGUCCUAGAAAUAGAAAGAAUGAGAUUAGAAUAUGGUAUAGCCCUAGGAGAAAAAUCUCCAUCUCGUCUAGAUGCAUUUGUAAAGACUUUAGAAGAUGACAGAGAUUAUUAUAAGCGAGAAUUAGAAUAUCUUCAGAAAAUGAUAAAACGAAGGCCUAGCCCAAGCCGUAGGACUCCAGAGAAGAGUGAAGAUCUUAGAUUGAUCACCAGAGAAAGAGAUGAGCUACGUUCCAUGUUAGACAGAUUUGAAAAACACAUGAUAGAAAUUCAAUCCAAUGUCAAAUUAUUGACCACAGAAAGAGAUAGAUUAAAUGUUCUUUAUGAGCAGUCGCAGGGUGAAUUAAACAGGAUGAGAAGAGAAGCAAAACAUAGUUUAGUUUCUCAAAGUCACGUGGAAGAAGAAAGAGACAUUGCCUUGACUGACUUUAGAAGACUGAUGGCAGAAAAAGAAAGCCUCAGAGAAAAAUUAAAGAUUCAGCAAGAAGCAGCUAACCUUGAAAAAUCAAAGAUGCAGCAUGAUAUUUCAGAACUGGAGAAUAGUAUUCAAGGAUUUGAGAUGGAAAGGUGUGAACUAAAGACUGCAGUCUCUAUCCUGAAAGAAAGAAUAAACACUUUGGAAAAUGAAUUAAAAUUGAAAUCCAGUAAACUUGCCCAGACAUCUGAUGAUUCUUCUCAAUUUAAAGCUGAGAUUUGCUCACUUCAGCUCUUAAAUGACCAACUCCAGAGGUCUGUUGAAGAUUUACAGCACCGAUUGUCCCUCAAAAAGGAUGAACUGCAGUCAGCUCAAGAAGAAAUUGUAAAGCUAGAGGAGAAAAUAGAUAGGUUAAAUCAGAGGAGCACUUCACAGGAUGAAGCAGUCAAUGUGCUUAGAAGUACUAUUACUGUUUUGGACAAAGAAAAGGACAGUCUUCAAGAAACUGUAGAUGAAAAAACAGAAAGAAUUGCAUGCUUAGACGACAACUUAGCUAACAAGGAAAAAACAAUUACUCAUUUACGUCUAACUCUCUCUGAGCUGGAGUCUUCAACAGACCAGAUGAAAGACAUGCUGAGCAACAGAGACCGUGAGAUAGCUAGUUUACAUCGCCAGCUUGAUACGUCCCACGUAGAGCUUGCAGAAACAGGAAGAAUAAAGGAAAUGGCUCUGAAAGAAAACAGACGAUUGCAGGAUGACCUAGCUACAAUGGCCAGAGAAAACCAGGCUAUCAGUACUGAACUUGAAGAUGCAAUACGUGAAAAAGAAGAAAUGAAAACCAGAGUUCAUAAUUAUAUAACCGAAGUUUCCAGAUUUGAGACAUUGAUGUCUUCGAAGGAAAAAGAAAACCAAGAAUUGUUAGAGAAGUUCCGAAUGCUCCAUACGCAAGCUGAAGAGUGGGAAAUUAAGGCUCAUCAAGCUGAAGGAGAAAGCAGCUCAAUACGACUUGAACUCCUUUCCAUAGAUACCGAUCGGAGACAUCUUCGAGAGAGAGUAGAACUUCUGGAAAAAGAGAUUCAAGGGCAUAUUGUUGCACAUCAAGCAUAUGAAUCUCAGAUCUCUUCCAUGACAAAAAAUAUGUCCAAAAUGGAAGAGGAUAUUAAACGUGAAAAUCAGGAUAAGUCUUCUGUGUUGGCGGACCUGGCUUCUGUGAGGGAACUCUGUGUGAAACUUGAGUCCAACAAAGAACUUCUUUCUCGACAGCUGACAUCCAAAAACAUGGAUUAUGAAAGGGUUCUAGGUGAAUUAGAAGAUAUAAAAUCAGAAGCAGAGUUGCUGAAAAAGCAGUUAUCCAGUGAGAGACUUACAGUUCAGAAUCUUGAAACGUUGCUGGCUACUAGUAGAGACAAAGAAUUUCAGAACCAUUUAACAUCCCAUGAGAAAGAUUCUGAAAUUCAGUUAUUGAAAGACAAGCUAACACUCGCCGAGAGCAAACUAAGCAGCUAUAAUAGAGAGGUUCCCAUACUUCGAAGUAAAGUUACACAGCUGCAGACUGACUGUGAUGUUUUAAAAAGGCAACUGACAACUGAACGAUUUGAACGAGAGCGUGCAAUUCAGGAAAUGCGUCGACACGGUCUCUCUACAUCAUCAUUACGUGCUUCACCUCCUCUCAGUUCAACAUUAAGGUCUCCCUCACGUUCUCCAGAACGUACCAUUGUAACUGAUCAAGCAGCAGCUGAAAAAAAUGUGAGCUUCAAGGAAUGACCAGUACUGGAGCAACUGAAGCGUUACCUUGUUACAUGGACUUUUUUUUCUUUGUUACUAUGAAGGCUGACUUGUACUCUACCUCUGUAUUCUUCAAAUCAGUGAUUACCUUUGAAAUUUCUGAGAACCAGUGAAGUAAUCAACCUUGCAAAAUUCUGCUUCCCCACCUGGCUGGGGUGACUUUUUUGCUGGCUGUUUGGUGGGUUAUGUAUCAAGGCCAGCUAAGUUUUCUUACUAUUUUGCAAACAUAAUAAUUGUAAGAAGGAAACGAGUACUUGAUGUGACAAUCUCUUAUUUUCAUUUUACUAUUUUAUUGUUCGCUUAUCUCAUAUGGUUACAGAAUUUUGUUCAUCUUACUGUGAGCUAACAUAGAAUAACAUGCAUGAUUGUCUUAAAAAUGCUGAGCCAGUGUAUGUUUUAUGCUCAUGACAAUUUCAUGUGUUUGGGCUUUUAACAAGUAUUUUCUGUUUACAGGUCAUGGUAUUUAAAAGUAUUGAUUAUCUAUUUUGUGAAUGCAUUUUGUUUACUGUACCUUUUCUUAAUUAAAAAAUAUAUCAGUUAUUCUUUAUUUAUAUUUUUGUCAUGUAACAACUACUCAUCUCCUUUUGUUUAAUCUUUGUGUGAAAUUGCAUUUUAAAUAUUACCCAAUAUUAAAUAAAAAGUGAAGAGAAAAAUGGUAUUUUUAAACAUGUAUUGAGAUCCUUUAAAUAUUAUAAAAUUUAUUCCAAAGUGGUUUAUAUUGAAAUUUUUGAAUCAUAUCUGGAGAAUAUUUUUCAAAUUUUGGUUUUAAAAGAUCAGAACAAAACCUGGAAUCCUUCACGCAGUUACGCUCGGGCUGUUGGAGAGGUGACACAUGCCUUUAUGCUGUGACGCACCUAAUCUUUAAAAUACCUGGUGUAUUUAGCAGAGGAGCAUUUCAAAUUUAGGCUGUGAAGUAAGAUGCAAUUAGCAAUCACAAUCUUAAAGCUCUUAAAGCCCAUCUAUGCAGAUAAUUGUAUAUCAAAUCAUUCUUCUAUUCGUGAAUGUACAGGUUUCUAAUAAUUACACGCCAUUCAGGUUGAUGUGAUGGGUAUUCACAGGUUCCGUGCAGGGGACUGGAAGUGGGACGAUGUGGUGGUGUACAGCCUUGCACUGGCCAACAGGUAGUGUUCUGCUUGCCUAAUGUUGAAUAAAAAACUGUGAUUACCAGCUAACAUUACAAGCAUCUCUAAGGUGUAAAUAACACAUUAAAUGACGUGGAAAAAAACCUUUUUUUUUUUUCUUUUAGAUU